CACGAAUCAAACGAGAAAGAGACAGUCCCGUCCUCAGAGUAUCGGACGGAGGUAAGUGUGGGUGUGCAGAGAAUCCUGCAAACAUUAACCAGGUGGUUUUUCUUUGCACAUUUCCCUCUCAUUUUCCUCCUCCAAGCUGCGCUGGACAUACUUUACUGUGCGUCCCGAGGAAUCAAAGUAACUUUAAUGGAGCAAUGCGGGAGCCGAACAACAGCAUCUCCUCGGAUCUAGACCUCUGAAACCUCCACGAACUCCACUCAUGGUCACCGCCUGGCCACACAUAGAGCACUUUAUAAGAGAGAAAUCGACCGACAUCACGGGACGGGAGCUUUAUUAAACGAGCGACUCUCUGUUUGAUCCAGAUGGCGGGACACGAAUGGGAUGAUUGGUUUGAACGGGAGGAAUUGAUCGGGCAGAUCAGCGACAUCCGAGUGCAGAAUCUGCAAGUUGAGAGGGAGGUGGUGCAGAAGAGAACAUUUACCAGAUGGAUGAAUCUUCAUCUCGAGAAGUGCAACCCUGGUCUGGAGGUGCAGGAUCUGUUUCGUGAUAUCCAGGAUGGGAAGGUUCUGAUGGCUCUACUUGAAGAACUCUCAGGAUGCAAAUUGCUGCAUGGCUUUAAGCCAUCCUCGCAUCGUAUUUUCAGGCUCAAUAACAUCGCCAAAGUAUUGACAUUUCUGGAAGAAAGAAACGUGAAAUUAGUCAGCAUCGAUGCAGCAGAUGUCGCAGAUGGGAAUCCAUCCAUAGUUCUUGGACUUAUCUGGAACAUCAUACUGUUUUUCCAGAUCAAGGAACUCACAGGGAACAUUAAGAGUCAGUUCUCAUCCUCGUCCAGCCUGUCAUCCAUACCCACCAGCUCAGAUUCAGACACUUCCCACUCCAGCUCGCCUUCAGAUGAGAGAAAGCCCACCAUUGCUCCAAGAGGUCAUGGAAGGGUGAUCAAGACCCUCCUGCAAUGGGUCCAGAGACGUACUAGAAAAUAUGGAGUUGCUGUGCAGGACUUUGGAAAGAGCUGGACUAGUGGUCUGGCUUUCCUGGCUGUGAUUAAGUCCAUUGACACUAGUUUGGUGGAUAUGAGGAGGGCUCUGCUCCGAACGCCAAGAGAGAACAUUGAGGAAGCCUUCAGAACAGCACACUACAGUCUUGGGAUCCCAAGACUCCUAGAACCUGAGGAUGUGAUGCUGAAUCCUCCUGAUGAACAGUCCAUAAUGAUCUAUGUGUCGCAGUUUUUGGAGCACUUUCCUGGAAUCGAAGAGGAUGACACGUCAGAUAUUCUGGAGCGAAACAAAGCCAGCGCUCAAAUGAAUGAACCUCCUGUUCGGAAUGGAGUACAGAGGAAACGGGAGUCUUAUAUGGUCAAAAAAGACGUGGUUCAGCCACCACCCAAGAUCUUCAUCUCUUCAAUGUCUGAAGAUUGUGAGCCGAUCACUUCCCCAGUUUUUUCACACAGCCCUGAGGACAGACCUUGGACGAGUGACGAGUCAUCGGUCGGAUCAAGUCCCAGUCCUGCAAAUGACAAGCCACUCUUGGAUUUGAAUGCAGACGCGUCCACCACUAGCUUUACACAACGGUCGUUCUCGGAUUCCUCUGUCAACUCGCCAGACUCGUGGAGUGAGACUACUAACCCUCACUGGAUCAAUGAGGAUCCAAUAAACGAGAGCAGUACUGCUGGUACUGUUGAAGUGACCUCAGAUUUAGGAUCACCAUUUUCACCAGAGAGCACGCCGGAGAAUCAUUUGGACCGUGAGCUUUUCAUAGAUGAGGGCAACUAUUCCCUGAGCUCCAUGGAUAGUUUACAUGCCAAAUCCACUGUGCAGUCUGAAGAGGACAAUGCUUACAAAUACAUCUUAGAUCUGAAAGAAGAACAAUCUGCUAAUCAUUUGCCCAGUGACGGCAUGAGGAAUAAAUCAGAUGCAGAAUGUUUAGAACGAACCGAAACCAAUUCUUUGGAACACCAGGAACAAGUCAAGCCAUCCUCUGAUGAUUCUUCGUGUUUGGAAAGUGACUCAGGAUACUUUCAGGAUAAUAAGGAAGCCAUGCCAGCUCAACCUGAGGAUGAGAGUCUUCUCACUUCCACUGGUGAUGAAGAAGUGAGUAGAGUUCAGGAAUCCAAACCUUUUCAGGACAAUGUUGAGUCUUUCAAUAAAGAAGCCAUGCAGAGGGACACUGUCGAAUUGACGGAUGGACCUGAGGAGAAGCCUUUCAUAUUUGAGGAUGACAAUGAAUGUCCAGUUCUACAGUACGAGAGGGUUUCUAUAUCAGGAAGUGAGGAGGAUAUUUUACUAUGCGCUGAUCUGGCUGAAGAACCAACAGAGGAACCAAGCAAAAACCUUCUUAAUAGUAAUUCUGAAACCAACGAGAACAGUGACCUCCAUCAUAGGGAACAAGAAGAUGUCUUGGAAAGUGAGGUGAGGGACGUGGCAUUUGAGGAGCCAGAAGAACCUAUGUUGAAUUGGAGCCAAAAAGAAGUUGAUGUUCCUAAUGAAGAUCCAGUGUGUUAUAUGUGUGGAGUGCCAGUGGUGAAAAGCUCGGCUGAAUCAAGCGAACAGGGUGACGAGAGUCCGUCCCAUUUAAACUCAAUUGAGAAUGACUGUAAUUCAGACUCAAGACAUUUCAGUGAAUCAGAAGCAGGUGUAAUCUCUGAGGACAAUCCAAUGGAAAAGAACAAUGAAUUAACCGUAACUGUAAGUGAUCUCAAGAAUGAGUCAAGAGGGUUGGACGACUCAAGGAGGAUAGAGUUUUAUCACAAUACAACUGUUGAAAGCCAGGCUCAGGUUUCAGACAAUACGGUGCCUGGAGGGGCCAAGGAUAACAGACCCGAAUCAGUAGUGGACUCCCACUCUAGUGUUCUGAAUUUAGUCACUGAGGCCUUUGUGGAGCCUCUUUCUGAAGCCAACAGCCAUGAUGGAGAAAACAACUCUAGCCUGUCCCAAAGCCAGCACAGACAGCAUCCAGAAGUGUCCAGUGCUGAAAUACUAAAUGAAGAGGAAAGCACCCUUGAGGACUCAAAGAUUAUUAUUGGGGUCUGUGGUUACCCUGAAAGACGUCCCGCAGAGCUACGUCUGUCCCUCAGCAUGACUCCGCUUCAGCCAGCACCUCCCAAGCGCUCACUUACUGAAUCAGAUACGGACACCGAAGACGCUUCAGAAGACCAUAGCAAGGGAUUCAAGUCGAGAAAGGAGAGAGCGGAAUCCGUGCAUAUCCAGGAGCAAAACCCAUUUGACAGGCACCCAGGAGAAUGGGGCGCAGUGGAGCCUGAUUCACCAGCUGAGCAUUGUGAGCUCAUUAAGACAGAUGACGACCUAACCAGCGCUGGUGCCAGAGAAAACACUGGGGCUCUGAGGGAAGGAGCUGUGACGGAUGCGUGCCAACCUUUGACUACUAUACACUUGAGAAAGGUCAUUGACAUCACCGAAUCAAAGGGACAAAAUGGGAAGGCCUUAGACGGCAGCAAAGAGCACAGUACCAUCAUAAAUAAAAGCUCGGAGAGCAAGAUUGCUGCAAGCUCGGAAAGCACAACCUUGUAUGACCUUGUCUACAUCCUUUUGGCUGCUUGGCUAUUUGUGUACUGCCUUCUUGUGCUGCCUCAGAUUGACUCAAGAACGCUUCCUAAACUCCUCUUCAACAUAGAUGAGUGACUGCAAUAUUAACACACAAGACAAUGAAUUCUCACAACUACAACUCUGAUCACGUCCUUCUAGUUAAGGAAUAAUUCACCUGAAAAUUAAGGUACAGACAUUCUGAUAAAGAUUUCAUUUAUGUUCAGUGGAACAUACAUGAGGGUGAGUAAAUGAUGACAGAAUGAAUUUUCUUUGUUUGAGUAUUUUUGAGUGAACUAUUAACAUGAACCAGGAAUAAAUAAAAAAGUUUGAAAAAUUGGCCAUGUUGAUCAGCUUAGUUGCCUUUCUAUUUCCUUUCACACAUGCACACAAAGAAAAAGUGUUUUUUCUCUUUUAGAUGGAGGGUUUUUGUUUUCGGUCAACUUUUAACUGGGUAAUAUUUGGAUGCAUUAGGUGCACAUGCAGCACAAUUACAUAACAGAUAUACCAGAUUAUUUAUAAUGCUUCUGAAGAACAUGCUUUUUGGCCUUUUAUGUUGUUUGUGCAUACACUAUAUGAAGAAAAGGUAUCUGUAAGACUGUGCAGCUGUUUGUUUAAUGUAAGAGAAGGUAUUUGGUAUGCUUUAAGCUAUUAUGCUAUGUAUUUUUUUAAGUGAUCACAUUAGAUAUACCCCUUUAUUUUUUGCGUUAUAUAGUAAAAAUGAAGGCUUUUCAGCACAGCAUGCAUUGAUUAUAUUCCAAUUACAUUUUUGAUAAAAUAAGGUCAGGGUAUUAUGGUAUUAAGAAAUAUCAUAUAGGGCUCUCUUAGUUAAGGGACACUUUAACAUAGUAUCAACAGCACUUUUUUUAACUCAAGAAAAGAACUUCCGAAGAUUCAGUUAAAGAGACUGAAACCUAUCCCCAACACAGUGAACAAUUAUGAAUUAGCCUAUUAUUUUAGUAAUAAAUCCUGCACUUACAGUAUAUUUUAUGCAAACUACAAAAUGCAAGAGCACACAAAAAUCUAUCACAUUUAUUGGUCAUUUUACACAUUUAUAAAUACAAUAUAUAUUGACUGAAUUUGUAAUAUUUUAGUGGUGGUUUUUAGGUCUUUGGGCUGGUAUAAAUCCUAAAACUGAAGGAUUUAAUCUGAACCUGUGAGGCCUGUAAUAUGUUGUAAAAAAAAAAAAUUCUUAUAUUUUCUUAAAUUGUAAGCUGAUAUUCACAGUAAAGAGCACAGACUGGCUGCAUGAUCAUAGCAAAUAAAAGUGAACUCUGGACAAAACCAGAAUGUUACUGCAUCCUGAUUUAUUUCUAAGCAAAAUAUGUCCAAUAUUGCAAACAAGCCAAACUUUCUGCAUGAGAAUGUGUAUGGAAAGUAACUUGUGUCUUUAACAUUUUUAAAAGUCACUAAGUGUAUCCAUGUCCUGCUUUUGUAAUGAAAAUUGUUACAUUUUCAUGUUUAAAUGCACUGGAGUGCAAUAAAUGAUAUGUCAU